AUUAGCCGGCCAGACUGGACGUCUCCCUCGCCGCCGCUGCGCAUUCUUCACGGACGCGGCGACGUACCCAGUCGACGGCGACGGUCGCCUCCUCGAAGGCGUGUGCGACGGACCCGGCGGGUGCUCCUGCGUAAACGGUGGUUCGUGCUGCGUCGCGGGCAACUUCGAGUGUGCGUGCGUGCGGGCGCGUUUGGGGCAACGUAGCAAGUCUCUCCGGGGGAGUGCGCCGAUCGUCUCACGGCUGGCUUGUUCGCAUUCGCUCGCGCCCGCAAGCAACGAGACACCUGCCUACUGUGCUACGUCGUACAGCGACAACGGAGAUCGCAGUUGGAGUUGGAUCCAAACGUGCUGCGCUGUACAGGAGGCUACAACGGAGGGCUGCGUAAAGCUCUGCGCCAUCUGCGCUAGCUCGUCACUUGAGAGAGGAGGAGGAGGAAGCUCAUUUCCUUUCGUACAAGGGUCGUCGUGCCUGCGGAACCGCUGCACUCUCGAGCCGGAGGAGGAGAGCUCGGUUUUCGAUCACUUCAUUCUCUCUCUCUCUCUCUCUCUGUUUUUGGUAUUUUAAAAUUUGUUCAUUUACUGCUUCUCGAGCGUGCCAGAUGUGACACCGAUUUGCUCGAACCUAGUAGCUCUGUGUGUGUAGUACGUGUCCAGGCGUUGAAGUGGCAGAACUCGAUCGAUGUCGUGACAAAUCGUGCAUUGUCAUUGUUUGUUUGCUGGCCGCUCAUCCAUUCGCACGUCGUGCGUGUUUUUACGCCGGUCACAGACCCGCGAACGGUUGUGUGAAGACCCCAGCGACUGAAAUUAGGUCCCGACGCGCUCUGCAGUGUUUAUCUUUACGACCGUGACGCCCAUGGACAUUGCAUGCUCGAUUCCCGUCCCGUUCCGACCGAGGAACGUGUGAAUCUUCUGCCCUUCAAACACCGUACUGUUCCCCCCCCCCUUUUUUUUUCGUUCCUCUUUCUCGGUGAGAAGAGACAAACUGUUCGAGUCCCCAAACGUCGUCGCCUCUUCCCUCCACUGCACGCGUACGUUAUCAACAGCAACGCGCGUACACGUCGACCGUGCGUAUCGCGACUGAAGGCCGAGCACAUCUGUACCGGCCGGCACGCAUACCCUUACAUCGCCGCCUUCUGUCGGCGUUACGACGUUCGCACGCGGUUGUGAAACUUGUACGCUGACGCAGUGUGUGUGGAAAAAAAAAAGGACAACUCAGGACGGAGGUGUGGUCUUCCACAGACCGUUGUACGUACCAGUUCCAGUUGCGGCGACCGUGCGUGCUUCCAGGAGUGCAUCGAGUGAUCUCCGAAACACGUCACCCAGUCGUCGCAUUCUGUGUUGUGGCUACAGUUCCGGACGAACAAUCCUUUUUGGCACAAAACCCCACGUCCUUCAGGAAUCGCGACACCGAAUGCCCUCUUUUGGGUAAAGGUCACAACCGUUUCGUGUGUUUCGACGGGGGUGUGCGCUGAAGUGCGCCUCGCGGUCGCACGUCUGUAUGGUCGAUUCUUGCUACUUUGAUUGCUGACCUGACUUUUUCGGAGGUAAGAGCUAGCCUUUGUCCGGGAGUAUAUAACGCAACUUGUAUGCUCUUUCUGUCCUGCCGACGCGCAAGAAACGUCGUCCAGGAAACAAAGUUGCCCUUGUUCAACUCUCUUCACGGACCCCGUCCGAGUACCCCGGACUGCCCUUUCAUAAUAGCUACCUGCGUUGUCAACCGCGCUCAUACACGAUAGAACGAUCACGGGACGUUGCGGGCCUGUUUCUGUCGCGCUUUGAAUAAUCAGCGAGCGAAGCGUUCGCGUCGCCCUGUAUAAGAAGCUGGCGUAAGCAAAUACGCUGUCCAACAUCCUGCAGGAUCUGUAAGCUGUGACAUUCAUAUAGGCCUCUGCGAGCCCUCGGGUUCGGAAUCACAACUCCGAGUGCGACCUUGUCCUUCUCCGGUAGACACCCGCAAACUGACCCUCAGUACCAAGCACCUGUCUUCGUGUUGGUUACAGUGCAACUCCGAGGGCGACCGUGGCCUGCCUUUAGAAUCAAGUGACUGUCGUCUGGCUAACGCUGUGGCUCCAAGUGUGAUCGUGUUCUGCUUCUGUGCCAUUACCGGCCCUCAGGGUCAAGAAUAGCUCUCGUCGUGUUGAUCACACGCCUGCAAACAAUUUGCGCGCUCUCCGAGGAGGCCUCGUUCGUCAUGCAGCAUGCCAUCGCCAGGGCGCGGACGCUGUUUAAGACUCGUCCCCUGUUGGCCAACGUCGUCUCCUUCGGCUCCAUGUACAUCGGGGCCGAGGUGGUCCAGCAGACGAUACUCCAGAAGCUGGACCCGUCUGUGCGCGGCUACGACUGGCCGCUGGUGGGCCGGUACGCCGUGGUCGGCACGGGCAUCUACGCGCCGGCGCUCUUCUACUGGUACCGAUACCUGGACCGCGUCUUGCCGGGCAAGCUGGUUGCCGUCGCGGUCAGGAAGGCCCUCAUCGACCAGGUCUUGGCGUCCUCCACGCUUCUGGUAGCCUUCUACACGGCCAUGAGCGCGAUGGAGGGCAAGGAAGACAUCUUCGCGGAACUUAAGGCCAAGUUCGUACCAACGUACAAGCUGAGUUGCUGCUUCUGGAUCCCAGCGCAGUGCUUCAACUUCUUCCUGGUGCCGCCCCACUUGCGCGUCGUGACCGUCGGCAUCUGCUCGUUCGCGUGGGUCAACAUCCUCUGCAUCAUGAAGCGCAUGACCAUUAAGACGCAUAAGGAGGACGCCUAAGCGACGACCGUCUGGAGGAUUGACGUCACUACCGCUGACGUCAAGCUGAUCGCUCGCCCGGACGUGACGUCACAGCAUGUGACCAAAAAAGAACCUCGCAAUGGAACGACGUCAUGUCCGCCGCAAGGAAACGACCGACAGUUUGUUAUCGUGCCUCUAGUCGUCCGGGCGUCAAUCAAAAGACGCACAUGUACCGCGCAAUGCCUUUCUUCGACCGAACUGUUACUUCGUUAAUGGGUAACGUUCGUCGUCGCCACGAAGGAAAAAAAAAGUGCCUGUACCGACCGCAUGUUGACGCGCUCCAAGCGAUACGUGUAGCCUCGUUGUGUGCUCUACUCAGUUUCGGCGAAGUGAAGGUCGCCUCUCUGGCGCUGACGUGAGGGGGCUUGAGUUGGAAUACUCGCGGAUAACUUUCUGUGGCAGCGAAAGAGAAGCUACGGAAGCGAAGCGGGUGACAGCGCUCCUGAGUGUAGUCCCACAGUCUCGUUUUGCGGUUGCUUAAACUGGAGAACAGGGAACAGAAACAUCUCGUUUCUGUUCAGAACUUAUAGUAGGACAUAAAAUACACCCCUUGGUGUUAAAAUUGAAUUUAAUUUUUUUCCCCGCUUUGAUAUUCAGCGUUUUGGCAAACGUGAAACCGUCGCAGGUAGUAAGGCUACGCUGAUUCCGUAUCUCCUUCGCGAAACAGGAAGUGCUAUCGGACGCGGCCGGACUACUUGGCGCAGUGAUACAUGUGCAGAAUCUCCGCCCCUUUUAGCUUGCCCUUCACUGUCACAGAAAGUUGUUCGCGAGUGUGCUUGAAUGUUUGGCCUCUGUGUAUACAGCGUGGCUGCAGUGUGCCGCAGGUUGCGGGAAAGAAGCUGGGACAUUUGUACUGGCCUGUUGAAGGAACCGUGACUGCGUUAUUUUGUUCUGGUGGUCGACAGUCAUCUAUACUGACAGCUGCAGGGGAACCGGAAGUCUUUUGAGAGCCUGUUUCUCGCGCAGUAUACCGUAUAGCCGCCAUGUAAGAGGCAUGAGCGGGAUUGGACUUGGUCCUGUUUGUGUGUCUCCGUGUGCCGUCUUUAGCGCAGUUGUUCGUACAGCCUGUUGCGAACAAAAGUGCAAACGCCGUAAGUUUUCAACAGAGCUUACAGGGCCAUUCAGAUUUCUAGAUCACUGUGCGACUUUAUCAGCUGCCGUGCCUAUAUUUGAGCGUUACAUUAGCUACAGGAUUUGCCCUUGUCAUUAUAUCGUUUUAUUUGAUUCUAUGUACAUCAGUUUUUGUGACGCCUAUGUAAUGUGUGCAAGGUGUCCGUGAGUGGCAUAUAAAGCCCUCUGGCGAGCGGCUGGCGCACUUUCGGGGUUGUUAGACUUAGUAGACGCCAUCCAUAACUAUCGUGUUCGCGCGUCGUCUACUACCGUCGCUAUAAUGCUCAGCACCUGAAAAUUAUAGAAUUAUGGAAUCUCAAUUGUGCACCGUGUCACGCGCAUGCGCACUGACUUACGUGGUCCGCCAGAAGACUUUAGCAGACGACGCGCGAGCGGGAUCAGGAAGUGCAUCGGCUAAAUCUACCGCGAGAGUGCUCUUGUAGAUCAUGCAGAGUGCUUUGCCUGUAUGCCCAGCUACACGCGAUCCCGUGAUCUCGGUCGCAGAAUAUUAUCACUGUACCACCCACGAAACCGUAUACAGCCGGCGUCAAAAGUUUACGGGACGUGGGAGCUCGGAAGAUAAUCGAAAGAUAAUUCGGCAACCUUGGACACACCGCCCGGAAUUUAGAUUUUCAGCCUCGGCGGGAACACGUGACCACCAGCUCAAUGCUACGGCAAUUUAGUGGCUGCAUGAAAAAAAAAAAAUGAAACCGUACGGGAAUAUUUUGUUUAUUUUUUUUGUUCACGAAACUCGCGUCCCACAAUCUUCUGACGCCUACAGAAUUUGUCUCUCCUCUCUCUCCUGCCUCGGUGAGCCGACGGUGUGUAUAUGCUCAAACUCAAAAUGAAUAUCACCAGAGUCUUUCGAAAGUUAUCGCGUCACCAGGUAUUGCUGACGAUUAGCGCCUGCGAUAAUCGGGCAGCGUUAACGGCUUAUCACUGGUGCCGAUGUUCAGCUUCUCGCGACGUCGUCUGGUUUUGAAGGUCGAUUAUCGCCACCUGCAGCUUAGCGCCGGGACUAAUGUGUCGCGCGAGUCAUUCCGUCAGGGUUAGGGCAGUGGCUAACCGUUGCGGAAGGUUAACUUCAACAUUUAGCCAUCUCAUCUAUGCAGUCUUGGUGGCCCUUGAGGCUAUGAGCUAGAGUGUGUUAGGCGUUACGGCAGUGGUUAACCACGUGGAAGGUUAACUUCAACACUUACGCCAUCUCAUCUAUGCAGUCUUGCUGGUCCUUGAGGCUAUGAGCUAGAGUGUGUUAGGCGUGACGGCAGUGGUUAACCACGUGGAAGGUUGACAACGACACUUACGCCAUCUCAUCUAUGCAGUCUUGGUGGUCCUUGAUGCUAUGAGCUACAGUGCGUUAGGCGAAGUCUGUUAUGUGGAGUGCAUAGACAAAGGCAUACACAAAGGCAUACGACCCAUCCACUGUCUUAAGUGUAUGUGCGUGGCUUGUGAUGCUCAUACGACUUCAUUAUACCACUGAUGUGCCUUCGGCGAUAGUUUAUUUUUUAGUGUAGAUUAGGCUAUGCAUACUUUAGGCGCCUCGCCCUAUGGCGUACACUUAUGGUAGAUGAAGAUUGGCGCUGUGGCUAUCCUUCAGCGCUUGUGAGGAUGUCAUAGUCAGGCUUGUUUCGGGUAUAGCACCUUUGUACACCGGGGUUAGUUUUCGCCCUUGCGCGGCGUACAAAUAUUUGAGACUAAGACUGUUUAGGGCAAGUGUGUAGCGUAUUGCUCGUAUAUAUUUGUAGGCGUGAUUUUUUUUGUAGCUAAAUCUUUCCACUUCUUAAAGAAGGUAUAAGGCGCGGUGGUUGUUUAUUCCCACCACACAAAACAUUUGUAGAACUACCGAGCUGGCUUUUUCGCAAUGCAAGCGUAUGUCGGUAAAAUCGUUAAAAUUGUGAUAAUUUUUUUUUCGAGCAAUGCGCGUUCGCGUUCGUGCAUUCUUUCCGACCAUGUUGUACGUAAUGUUCCUGCGAGAGCAAGAACAGUGCAGGUGACGCACCGACAACCGUCGUGUUAAAAAGUUUCGUUGGUCACCACAUAUUAAGGCAAGGAUGCAGUGCGCAGAAAUCAACCUAACAAUUUUCACAAGAGUCGGGUGUUGCUACAUAUACUAUAUAUAAUACUACAUAACAAGAGCUCUAAAUUCUCUGCCUGUAGCCAAGUGAAUAGCGUCCCAAAUGUACAAAGCAUCAAGUGCCUGUAACCGCAGUGGCCGUCCUGACAGAAAUCUCUAAAGCUUGAGCCGACCGUUCUCGUAAAUAGCGCUGAGCUUGGGUAGGACUACAGCCGAAGUUGUGUUCACAAUAUGCCGACGGGCAUCUGACCGUUGGUAGAACUGAAUAAACGGCUGGCACAUAGCAACAAGCUAUGGGACAGAAAAGUGAUAAGGCGUAACAUUAAGGUACACGAAGAUGGCAAUGAGGCGGAGAAAGCAAGACGCGGGUGGCUGAUGUUGCAAUUGAGAUCAAGAGAAAAGCAGUGUGUAUCGGCAAGUGUUCGCAAUUCGUGGAUACAGAUAAGUGGCGGCGCACGACAAAAACAGAAUGGUUGCCGAAGGAAAGGGUGCAUGUUGUCGAGGGCGUGUAUGGAGAAUUAGACGAUGUGGAUAGAUGAGGAAGUUUACAGGCACGGUAUGGAGUUAAGAAAAAAAAAAGAAGGAUAUAGCGAUAGGAGAGGGUUUUCCUCCUAGCUGUGGAAAAAGCCUGAUGUUGGUGGUGAUGGCGAUGACGAUGAUGAUGUAACAUUUCAAGUCAGUGUCACACCGGUUUGUCGCCCGUGCAUGUGGCGUAUACGUACAGUGAGCACCAAUACUCUUUUUUUUUUCAAGUGCCUUUCCUUUCGCCUUUGUAGUGCCUUUGCAUCGAUGUGCGCGCCUCGUUCCACGAGAAGUUUGUUCCGCGGUAAGCACUGCGGGGCCCCCAUUCUGUCGUGCCUCUUCCUUUCUUCUUCACUGCCGAGAAGUGCCUAUAUUGUUUCGCGUUAUCUGUUGAUGAACACUGCUCGUACAACGAUCUAGUGCAAUACAUAGAUGAACAGAAGGUUCACUCUGUGCUGAAAGUGGAAGUGCUCUCCGGGAAAAAAAAAGAAGAAAGUACGCUUUCGCGGAGUGUUUUGGUUUUCAUUUCGUUGCUUGCGGUAUGAGCAGCAGCGAGUCCACUCAGUGCACGCGAAAGAAGGCUCGGUGUUUUAAAAGCCGGGAAGUACACGCCGAUAUACUCGACCUCCACAUUAGCUAAUAUUAGUGUUUCAACUUAGUGUUCCCCACAAAGAAAACAAAAAGAAAGGGGGGGGGCACGCCUGGUCAGUAUUAUCGCUCUGAACGAGCAGUGUAGGACAUGUAGAAUAGCGUUGUUUCGCGAACGUGUUUUCAAAAGCUCGUAGUUACGUGAAGGGAAACUCGGGUUCGCGUACGUACAGCGUCAAUCUGUCCCGUCAGCAGUUUCGAGCUUCGCGCUACGUCAGCGUGUAGCAAAUGUCUUGUAUACAGACAUACGAAAUUUUUAAUCUGUAAAGCUAAGGAAGAGAAAAUUGACUCGCCAUCCCGGUCUUGCCAAAGCGGAUGUACAGCAAAGCUGUUGAAAACUACCAUUACAACUUCUGAGGAGGGUACGCAGUGCUUUAUUGCUUUAGAGUAACAGUGGUGAGUGUAAUUUAGAGUAAUGGUAGUAAUUGGACUAAAGACGAUUUUGACAGCACGCCGCCGCUGGUCGUAUUGCCGUUUCUUUUCCCCUCUGCCACUCCUCGUACUCACGCUGCUCCUCGGGAGUCCAAACUAUGCGUCGCCUACCCAUAGCAGUGCUGCAACAAUGAAAUCAUUUGCUAUGCCGGUUCUUCUAUAUACGAAAGGCUAAUGACGUCACUCCCCGCGUCUCAAGCUGCCGUCGCCGCGGCAGCUUCCGCAACGGUAACCUUCACCGGGAAACGUAUGCAGCGAGCGCUACGUGCUUCGCAUUUUUAGCUGUAACGCCUCGUCAAUUAUACGGUUUGGAUGUUUGUUUUUUGCUUGUUCUUUGGUGAAAUGACCGCUGUACCGUAUGUCGUAUGCGUGAUGCCAAAGAAUGUAUGUACUUUUCGCUUCAAUCGCGGAAGGUUUCUUUUUUCCAUGAGGACGACGCCGCGAAAAAUCCCGACAAACUAGAGGCUAACAGAUUCGCUGUAAUAAAGCCAUUCUACUCGGUCACAAUGCACGAGUUCUUAAAAAAAUGUACUAUCUCGGCCCUUAGCCGUUUUCGCUUGCGAAUACAAGCAUGCAAGGAUAUUAGUGCUAUCAAAGUGUUUAGCAGUUGUGGUGGACGCGGAAAACACAUUGCUGGUUACGUCCAUUUCUUUUCUAAGAGUCACUCGACCUUCUUCGCGCUGUACAUCCGUCACCAUGCAAAUUUACCAAAUCGCCGAAUUCGCACCACUUGUCGCGGAAAAAUCGUUUAAACCGCCUUAAACGAUGUCAAUUACUAUACAGUUUGGCUAGAAACAUAAUUAAAUAGGGAGGGGAGGGGCUAAGCGUCAUUUAUAUACAAACAGAAAAGUGAGCUUAUAACAUGAAUCAAUCAAAACAAUAUCUGCGGCCAUGAUUUUACCACUAUCAUUCGUUAGCUAAAGCGUACAGCUAUAGAAACAGCUGCCCAUAUAUAUAUAUAUAUAUAUAUAUAGAAGGGGAGACGUAUGCCGCUUUUUACUGCCAAGGCUUUGACACGAACGUUCUCAGUCUCACUAGCAUGAGACAGAUUUGCCCAAAAUGAGUACGGGUUCCUCUACACGCGGAGGUCACUGGCCUUCCCUUUCUAAUUACAUUUUCCGGGGCUAUUUUUACUCCCCAAACGGAGUAUGUUCUUCGGCACUGCGCAGAAUUAUGUAGAGUAAACGCAUGUACUCUAUCGGGGAGCAUACAAGAACUCUCGGAAAUUAGGAGUUAAAUGAGGGGCCAGUCACUUACUCCUUCAAUGGGAGUCACGGGUACACUUUUUUACGAAACUUUUCUUUACCUUCUGGCUUUCUAUAGAACUGAGCUUUUGUAGAGGUUUGUACACCCCAAGUUGGAGUCUGGUACAAUUAAAUGCGUGCAUGUUAGACACCAUUCAUUGAAGAGAGUAGACCUCUCGAAAAUGGGAGUAAAAUAUAAUCGCACAUGGAGUUACUAUUCGAUAAGAGACGCCAGUGUAGUACGUACUCCCUUUGGGGUGAAACCUUCCGCCUUGAGGAUUUUCGCAAAACUGAUUUACUCAUUCAGCAUUCCCUUUGCAUCUAGUGUUCAAUAUGUAUAACGUCUGCAUUGGUUGUUGGCGGCGACGUUUUGGAACGAAGUGCUCCGAGCUCCUUUGGAAUGCCGCUUUGGGGCUUCGGGGUUAUACUAUAGAUACACUUAGGGCUACUAUACUUUUCAUGAAGAUAGAGAUAGAGGGAGAAAGAAAAAAAUGGUUAUAUUUUAUUUUUUUAUUUGCGUGUUCCUCGCGGGCUCCUAAUUGGAGUAUUGUGUGAGGGGGACGAUACAUUGUUAUCGUAAAAAUAUAGAGCACAUGCGGACUAGCUAACAAAAACAAUGAAACUACGGUCGAUUUUGCUCCUUUUCAGGGGUUUCCGUGCGAUCUAAGGCAACAAGUCCAGUAAAUGCGGUAGUCCGAAGAAAAGAGUAUAGGUAACUGGAGGAAGCUUUGUCGCGUCAGUCGAGGAUUACCUGCUGUUUUCACCUUGAAGUGACAAUCUUUUAGGAUGCUUGUUUAUCUUUAGCGCUUAACUUUGGUGCGCGUGAUGAAAGUGUCGAGCGUUGCACGAAGUUUCAGCUGUGCGGAGAGCGACCUCCGACCCGCCAUAUACGUAUGUGCUAAGACGACCGAUGUGUGCAGUCAAGUUCGAGCCGUUACCCUCACUCCGUUUAACUUGAACAGCUUUUUGUAGUGCGCAGUGUGAAUAAACAAGUGUUCUUCCA